GCGACAAACAAACACAGAUCAUUUGUUUUGCUGGGAUGCGAUGUGUAAAAUGUGAAGUGUGAAUGAUUCCAACACACUUGUCCAGAAAGUGUUUUGACGAAUGGCUAUCUGAACGAUGGAUUAGCGGACAACAAGGAUCUGACUUUCUGUUUCAAAUCAGGUAUGUUGGGUUUUUUCAUUUUCAGCAGUCCUUGAUUGACGAUUUAAUCUACUGCUGAGAUUUUCUGCUGCAUUCCCGAUGCACUCGUGAGUGAAGUAUUGACAAUAUCUAGUAUUUGAUUGUAGAGAAGUUUGGGAGGGGGACAGCUAGACGGGCAUCCUGGGAAAUCAGAGAACAGAGGAAUUUGUUAAAAAGGAGCAGGAAGUAUUAAACAUCCUGUAGAUGUUUUGCAUGCAAGUUUUGAUUUUCCACAUUCUGAAGACUGCAAUUGGAGUCAGAGUUGUAGAAAGUUGAAUGUCUUUCCAGAAAGUACAAAUUAAAAGAAGAUAUUCCAAAAUAGAAGCUUGCAAAAAAAAUCUUUGGUUCAAAUACGACCAAAAAUGUGAUGUCCAAUCAUCUGUACGUCAGCAGAGCUUCAUGUCUGAUUCGGACCUAAUGAAGAGUGGAGGGCCAGCCAUCAGAAACCCUGAAUGCCGUUCGCCUCCGACCCCGAGGAUGGACAUGCUCAGUCCCUCCAAGGUGAAGGAUCGCCCUCAGAAUGUCACAGAGAAGGUCACACAGGUACUGUCUUUGGAGUCUGAUGUGCUGCCUGAAUACAAACUGGAGGUGCCAGAGACAACAUGGUGGAUCUUGCUUCACUACAGCCCCUUCAAGGCUUUUUGGGACUGGAUUAUUCUGCUGCUGGUCCUCUACACGGCGGUUUUCACUCCUUACUCGGCCACCUUCCUCCUGGACAAACACAGGGAUUUACGUCAAAGGAGUUGUGGCUACACGUGUAACCCCCUAAACGUGGCGGACCUUUUGGUGGACGUGCUCUUUAUAGUGGAUAUAGUCAUCAACCUUCGAACAACCUACGUGGACCACAACGAUGAGGUCGUCACACAGCCGAGCCGGAUAGCCAAGCACUAUAUCAAAGGCUGGUUCCCCAUCGAUCUGUUUGCAGCAGUCCCUUUUGACCUUCUCAUUUUCAGAUCUGGCUCUGAUGAGAUGGCCACUUUGACAAGCCUACUGAAAACAGCUCGCCUUCUGCGAUUGGUCCGUGUGGCAAGAAAACUGGACCGAUAUUCAGAAUAUGGUGCUGCCGUCCUCUUCCUGCUCAUGUGCACCUUUGUGCUCAUCGCCCAUUGGCUGGCCUGCAUUUGGUAUGCCAUCGGCUUUGUUGAGAGGCCGUACACGGAGACUGGUUGGCUGGACAACUUGGCCGAACAACUAGGAAAAACGUACAACGACAGCGACUCCACAUCAGGUCCGUCGGUCAAAGACAAGUACGUCACUGCUCUGUACUUCACCCUGAGCAGUCUGACCAGCGUCGGGUUCGGGAACGUCUCUCCCAACACCAACUCUGAAAAGAUCUUCUCCAUCUGCGUCAUGGUCAUUGGAUCUCUAAUGUAUGCCAGCAUAUUUGGGAAUGUAUCUGCCAUCAUCCAGCGACUGUACUCCGGUACGACCCGCUAUCACACCCAAAUGCUACGAGUGAAAGAGUUCAUCCGCUUCCACCAAAUCCCUGGUAGUCUGCGCCAACGGCUGGAAGAGUACUUUCAGCAUGCCUGGUCCUACACAAAUGGCAUUAACAUGAAUGCUGUGUUGAAGGGAUUCCCUGAGUCUCUGCAGGCAGACAUCUGUUUGCACUUGAAUCGAUCCCUGCUGCAAAACUGCAAAGCUUUCCGCGGAGGCAGCCAAGCCUGUCUGCGUGCCUUAAGUAUGAGGUUCAAGACAGUCCACGCUCCUCCAGGAGACACUCUAAUCCACUAUGGAGACAUCCUGGACUCCCUCUUCUUCAUCUCACGUGGUUCCAUCCAAGUCAUCAGGGAUGAUGUGGUUGUGGCCAUAUUAGAAAAUAACGACAUCUUUGGUGAGCUUAUCCAUCUAUAUGAUGAGCCAGGGAAGUCCAAUGCAGAUGUACUCACCAUCACCUACUGUGACCUGCACCGAAUCCUGAGGGACGACCUGCUUGAUGUCCUGGACAUCUACCCGAGCUUUGCAGACAACUUUUGGAGCAACCUGGAGAUCAUGUUUGACCUGAGAGAUGCUGAUCAAGUACCACCAGUUAUAACAACUGAUGAUUCUGGUGAUGACUGUGGAUAUCGCCACAAACCGCGACACAGAAUGGACUCCAUGGACUGCAGGAUUAGGCCAGAUGGAAUUGAUCACGAAGACUCGUACCCGCUCCAAUCCUUCCAUCACUCACCUGCUCAGGCCCGCUGGGAGGACCGCUGCAGCUGUGGCUCCAUGUGUUCCCAGUCAAGUGAGGACAUGGACAAGUCUUUUUGCCACAGUGCCAAAGUAGAGCUUUACCCUCCAGAAGAUGCCAGACGGGGCUAUUCUCCCUCUGUAGUGCAGCUGCUGUCGCCAAGUGGCACCUCGGUAGUGAGGGAUGCAGUACUGGACCGGGGCCACCAAGCUUCCUCUUUGAAUGUGCCGGGAAUGUAUCGAUACUGGCCUGACCAACAGUCACCACAGUUUUCCAGUUGCGCCUGGCGAUCUUCCUCUGUCCACAACUCAUACCACCCACCGCCGUUCACAGAAGAAAGGCCCAGCGAGCUCGAGUCUCGACUUGAAGUUCUGCAUUCACAGCUCAACAGACUGGAGACUCGCAUGACGGCCGACAUCAACGUUAUUCUGCAGCUCCUCCAGAGGCAGAACACUCCUGUACCUCCAGCUUAUAGCACUGUAUCAUCAACUACCCUCUCUACUGAUUCACCUGGUCUGUAUGGGACUGGAACUCCGGUGUUACACAGCAUGUAUCCCAUGUCUCCCAUCCAGAUGGACAGCCGGGCACCUACACAGAGCUCAGACCAGACUGACUUUAAAUUCACCAAGAAGUCCCAGGAGUCCCUGUCCAGCGGCAUCCAUGCGACUGUUGUGUCCGAUGACACCAUGUUCAUGACAGUCACCCCCGAAACUGACACCCAUCCAGGGUUAGUUCCUCAGCUGCCCCAGCCAUCAGUCAAGGCCUCACUCAUGGCCGACUCCAGGCCUUGUGGGAACCUCCGCUACCCCUCGCUGCCAGGAAAUCUGGACAUCACCUCAGGACUGGCUGAGAUCCAAAAACACCUCUCAGAUCCUGUGCUGCCUGUAAUCUGAUGGACAACAUGACUUUCAUAGAAGUAAUUCUUGGCUACUCAAAGACUUUUGGAAGGAGUUCACCUUUUAGUCAGCAAAGACUCAACUAUCAUUACACACAUGGGCUGCAAGUAGUGUCUAAAAAUCAGAUAGUGCUGAUCAACAGAGAUUUCCAUUACACACCGCCCCUCCGAAGAUCUCACCUCCAGAAUAUUACUUGAAAACACACUCCGUUAAAUGUAUCAAACAGUUAUCAUACUUUUAAUGGACUAAAGUGUAAUUUAUGUGCAUGGAACUCCGUAUUUUUCUUUACACAUUGUUUCACAUUUUUUGUUGCAUACCAGCACACUAACUUUCCA